AUGACACAAGAAACAAUCGAUCAUGAUCAAGGAAAAUAUUUUCAUCGAAAACGUCGUUUAUUAGCUGCUGAGCAGAUCAUCUCAUAUCUCUUCGACAAUGAUUAUCCAUUGAUGAAAAAAUCUCAAGCUGAACAAGAUGAUGAUGGCAAACAUCUUCAGUCCAAUCCGGACAAUUCAACUGGAGACGACGACGAACACGAUCGAUAUCUCUAUAUCAAAGAUGAAAAUUAA